GUUUGGGUUUUUUUUUUGGAUGUUUGCUUGAUCGAACUCGAAAUAUGAAAUAGGGAUGAUUUUUUUUUAAUAAUCUGCAGAGAUUGUAAGAGAUUUACAUGAAAGAUGAAUUCAAGUGGCGGUGAGGAGGUGAAGUUGGGGAAUGGAGUUGUUGGGAGUUUCGAAUUUCAGAAACCCCAUCUUCUCUCUUUCAUAAAACAAUGGCGUCUAUGGCUGCAACCACCAAUUUCACCAAAUUGUUGCUCUUUCCUUCCUCCCAUGUUUCAGGAAAUGUGAGCUUGAAAUCGCAGAGAGGUAGUAGUAGUACUAAGAAAUGGCCGAAUCAGAACAAGUCAAGAAAUGGUUACAGGUCUCUCCGUGUGGAUGGACUAUUCGGAGGUGGAAACAAAUAUAAUAACAGUGAAGAUGGACAAUCUAAGGCAGGGAUAUUUGGGAAUAUGCAGAAUAUGUAUGAGACUGUGAAGAAAGCUCAAAUGGUUGUUCAAGUGGAAGCUGUGCGUGUCCAAAAGAUUUUGAUGUUGCUUUUGUUCCAUUUUCGCAAAGCUGAAUUUGAUAGUUAUUGUGAAGGCGAGCUUGUCAAGGUUACCUUAUUAGAUAACCAUCAACUAAUUUGUACUGAUAUAUCCGAGGCAGCAAUGGAAUUAGGUUCCGAAGUGAGUAACUUGCUUGUUACAAAAGCAUACAAGGACGCACAUGUCAAGAGUGUUGUGGUUUCUACCAUUGGAGAUAAUUAA